AUGAAUCAACCACAGCCGUACAUGGACCAGCAUGCGCCAGCACCACCACCAGCUUCAAGUAUGACCCAAUAUUCGAACUACGGCGCACCACAGCCUUUGCAGCCAGCACCGCAUGGUUAUGCGCAACCAGCCUAUCCCCAGUAUCCUCAGUAUGGCCAGUCCAUGCCACCAAUGCAGGGAGGCCAUCCUGUUAGCUCUUCCAUGCCUGGGCAGAUGGUCAACUCAUUACCUCUACCCACCAUGUCAGCACCUCAGCAACCGGGUGGCGGCCAGCAAUUCCAGCAGUCUUUCGAUACGACAGGCCAGAUCGCGCCUCACGGCAUGAAGCCAAGAGUCACUGCAACUCUUUGGGAAGACGAGGGCAGCCUCUGCUUCCAGGUCGAGGCAAAUGGCGUCUGCGUUGCGAGACGUGAAGACAACCACAUGAUCAACGGCACCAAAUUGCUGAACGUCGCUGGCAUGACGCGUGGACGUCGUGAUGGUAUCCUGAAGAGCGAGAAGACGCGUCACGUUGUCAAAAUCGGUCCGAUGCACCUGAAAGGUGUCUGGAUCCCAUUCGAUCGCGCGCUGGACUUCGCGAACAAGGAGAAGAUCACAGAACUCUUGUACCCUCUUUUCGUUCAUAACAUUGGUGCUCUUCUUUAUCAUCCCACGAACCAGGCUCGACAGAGUAUCGGCAAUGCCGCGAUGGCUGCGCGUCGACCGGACUCCUCGCAAGAGUACAUGCGUACGCCGCAAGGGACACAAGCACCAGCCUUGACGCACCACCACUCCAUGAGCAAUCCGAUUAAUGCGAGCAUUCCACCGCAGCCGCACUCCAUUGCUCCCCACCCUGCGUCUGGCAGGCCACAACUCGACAGGGCACACACUUUCCCAACACCACCGACAAGUGCGUCGAGCAUGACCAUGGCCAACGGCAACAUGCCAAGCUCGUAUGAGUAUGGGAAUUCAGCAGGUGCAGUAAACUCAGCAUCCACGCCUCCUGGCAACUCGCAAGGCAUGCCUCAGUAUCAGACGAGCCAGCCGCCGUACUCGCAAUCAUACUCGACACCGGGCUCGUACAGCCAAUCUCAGUACACGCACCAGCAACCAGGCGUGCAGCGUUACGGCAACAUUCACUCGAGCCCAGAAGCCGUCAAGACUGAAAUGGGCCCUCCUGCUCGCGCAGGCGCAGAGAACGACCACCCUGAUCACAAAGCCGGCGGAUAUGGUGGCCAGCAAGAUGCGGAGGGUGAACACGAGGGUGAAUAUACCCACACCAGUGCGUCUUAUGGCGCAAGACGACUGUCGUACAAUUACAAGCCUAACCCAGCGCCAGGACCUCUUCACCCAGACUCUUCGCACGUGUCACCAGAGAUGACACAUUCGCCUCACCAGAACGGCUCUGGCAGAGCAACCCCACGUACGACCAACCCCUACACGGGCUACAACAACACGCCGCAACGACCCAACCAAUUGCCACAGAGCAACUUGAACUACAUUAUGAGUAACGACACACGUGCUGGCGCCCCCAACGGCCAGGAUUAUGGAGCUCAGCAAAGCUACCAACCUGCGCCUCAGCACCCAGCGAUGAACGGCAUCAAGCGUGGGCGCGAGGACGACGACCAAGUCGAUCCAUACGGCAGACCUCUGAGUGCGAGUGGCGAGCACAAGCGACAGCGAACAGACCCUGGAGCAAUGUCUGCGCGGCCAAUCAGUACACCACAAUCACUCAAAGCUGGCGGUGCUGUGAGGCGGUAA